AUGGAAGGAACAAUCCGGUGCUCGGCUAACUACGUCCCGCUUUCUCCGAUCAGCUUUCUCGACAGAGCCGCCGUAGUCUUCGGCGGCAGAACCUCCGUCGUGUAUGGUGAUCUUCAGUACACGUGGCACCAGACACGUGACCGUUGCAUCCGCCUCGCCUCUGCGCUCUCCACCAACCUCUGUCUCUCCCGCCACGACGUGGUGGCUGCUUUGGCGCCAAAUGUCCCGGCGUUAUGUGAGCUGCAUUUUGGAGCUCCGAUGGCUGGAGCAGUGCUUUGCGUGUUGAACACGCACUUCGACUCUCAAAUGCUUGCGUCUGCGCUCAAGAAAACGAAGCCAAAGGUCUUCUUCGUUGACUCUGAGUUUCUUUCCAUCGCUGAAGAAUCUCUCAAUCUCCUCACCACCGAGGAACAACCUCUCAUCAUCACAAUCACAGAAAAUCCAACGGAGAAAUCAAAACACAUACAGUACGAGGGUUUUCUCUUCUCAGGAAACCCUAAUUUCGAACCCGUACGACCUGUCGACGAAUGCGAUCCAAUCGCGCUCAAUUUCACAUCCGGAACCACAUCGACCCCAAAAUGCGUCGUCUAUAGCCACCGUGGCGCGUAUCUGAACGCAACAGCGGUUGGUGUUAUCAGCGAGAUGAAACCAAUGCCGGUUUAUCUCUGGACCGUUCCGAUGUACCAUUGCAGCGGGUGGUGCUCUGUUUGGGCAGUCGCGGCUUUUGGAGGAGUCAACGUUUGUCUUAGGGAAGUCAACGAUAGAGUUAUAUUUGAUAGUGUCGUGAAGCACAAGGUAACUCACUUUGGUGGCUCGCCUGCGCUUCUCAACCUGAUUGCCAAUGCACCUGACUUGGUCAAGAAAUAUUUCCCAUGGACCGUUCAGGUUAUGACCGGAGGAUCCUCACCACCUCCUGAGAUCAUUUUGAGACUCAAGAAACUUGGAUUCAACGUGUUGGCAGCUUACGGAUGCACGGAAGUGUAUGGAGCAGGAACGGCAUGUUUAUGGAUGCCUGAAUGGGAGACUCUGCCUGAGGAAGAGAGUUGGAGACUAAAGGCAAGACACGGCCUCAACCAUUUUGCCAUGGAGACCGUCGAUGUGGUGGACACAACCACUAUGAUCUCGGUUCCACACGACGGAAAGACGAUUGGGGAGAUUGUUCUCCGGGGAAACACCGUCAUGAGCGGUUACUUCAAGGACAAGGAAGCCACGGAGGCCGCUUUUCGAGGUGGAUGGUUCUGGAGUCGCGACAUGGGUGUAAUAGAUCCCGAUGGAUACAUACAUUUGAAAGAUAGGUCACAGGAUGUUAUAUCUUGCGGCGGAGAAAUUGUGGGGUCCACGGAGAUCGAAGGGCUUCUCUACAGUCACCCGGGGGUUUAUGAGGCGGCGGUGGUUGGACGGCCUGACGAAGCUUUAGGAGAGUCGGUGUGUGCUUUCGUGAAGCUCAAGGAAGGAGUUGAAGCGAAAGAGGAAGAGAUCAUUGAGUUCUGUGAGAGAAAUCUUGUGAACAAGAACAUUAAGAUGGUUCCAAAGACAGUAGUUUUCUCAGAUCUUCCUAAGACUUCUACUGGGAAGACUCAGAAGAAUGUUCUGAGAAAGAUGGCUAAGGAUAUGGGCUAUGUUCCAGCAAACGCUGUGGAUUAAUUAUAUCAUAUUAGUGAAAUGGUGAUAUAUCAACGCAACUACUAAAAAAAGUGAAAAGUACUAUUUGUAAACAACUUGUA